UACACACCAAACCCUCUCUCGUCUGAUAUAUAUCUACUACCUUCUGCCCCUUUUAUCACUAUUUCUUCAUCUUUUUUCUCCCAAACCCCAAAAAAAACAUCAUAGUAUUUAUUCCCCGACCUUCGAUUCUCUCAGAUCACCGACAACAUGAGCAACCAACCGGAAUCAUCUGAUCCGAAAGGAGGGAAGAAGGACUUCUCGACGGCGAUCUUGGAGAGGAAGAAGGCUGCGAACCGAUUGGUUGUUGAUGAGGCUGUCAACGAUGACAACUCAGUCGUCGCCAUCCAUCCGGCCACUAUGGAGAAGCUCCAGCUUUUCCGUGGUGACACUAUUUUGAUUAAGGGUAAGAAGAGAAAGGACACAGUGUGCAUUGCCCUUGCUGAUGAAACUUGUGAAGAGGCGAAGAUUCGUAUGAACAAGGUUGUGAGGACUAAUUUGAGGGUUCGUCUUGGCGAUGUUGUAUCUGUGCAUCAGUGCCCAGACGUGAAAUACGGAAAACGUGUCCACAUAUUGCCCUUGGAUGACACAAUCGAAGGUCUCACUGGGGAUCUUUUCGAUGUAUACCUAAAACCUUACUUUCUAGAAGCAUAUCGCCCACUGAGGAAGGGUGACCAUUUUCUUGUGAGAGGAGGAAUGAGGAGCGUCGAAUUUAAAGUCAUUGAAACUGACCCUGGUGAGUAUUGUGUUGUCGCCCCCGACACUGAGAUUUUCUGCGAAGGGGAACCAGUGAGGAGAGAAGAUGAAGACAGGCUGGACGAGGUUGGUUACGAUGAUGUGGGAGGUGUUAGAAGACAGAUGGCUCAGAUUCGUGAACUGGUCGAAUUGCCUCUAAGGCAUCCUCAGCUUUUCAAAUCGAUCGGUGUGAAACCGCCCAAAGGAAUUUUACUCUACGGUCCUCCAGGUUCUGGAAAAACCUUGAUUGCAAGAGCUGUUGCUAACGAAACGGGUGCUUUCUUCUUUCUGAUCAACGGGCCUGAAAUUAUGUCCAAAUUGGCCGGAGAGAGUGAGAGCAAUUUGAGGAAAGCGUUUGAGGAAGCUGAGAAGAAUGCCCCUUCGAUUAUUUUUAUCGACGAAAUUGAUUCAAUAGCACCCAAGAGAGAGAAGACACACGGUGAAGUUGAAAGGAGGAUUGUUUCGCAGCUGUUGACCCUCAUGGAUGGUUUGAAAUCUCGUGCACACGUCAUUGUUAUGGGGGCGACUAAUCGGCCCAACAGCAUUGACCCAGCUCUUAGAAGGUUUGGUAGGUUCGAUAGAGAAAUAGACAUUGGUGUUCCUGAUGAAGUUGGGCGCCUUGAGGUUCUACGUAUUCAUACCAAGAACAUGAAACUCUCUGAGGAUGUUGAUUUGGAAAGAAUAUCGAAAGACACACAUGGAUAUGUCGGUGCUGACCUGGCAGCUCUCUGCACUGAAGCUGCUCUUCAGUGCAUCAGAGAGAAAAUGGAUGUUAUUGAUUUGGAAGACGAUACCAUUGAUGCUGAGAUACUAAACUCCAUGGCUGUUAGCAACGAGCAUUUCCACACUGCUCUUGGAACAAGCAAUCCUUCUGCUUUGAGGGAGACGGUUGUUGAAGUGCCAAAUGUCUCCUGGGAAGAUAUUGGAGGGCUGGAAAAUGUCAAGAGAGAACUUCAAGAGACUGUUCAAUACCCUGUGGAACAUCCAGAGAAGUUUGAGAAAUUUGGCAUGUCACCUUCAAAGGGUGUUCUCUUCUACGGUCCACCUGGAUGUGGUAAAACCCUACUCGCCAAAGCAAUUGCAAAUGAAUGUCAAGCCAACUUCAUCAGUAUCAAAGGACCCGAGUUGCUCACUAUGUGGUUUGGAGAGAGUGAAGCAAAUGUUCGUGAAAUAUUCGACAAGGCUAGACAGUCUGCUCCCUGUGUUCUCUUCUUUGAUGAGCUCGACUCUAUCGCAACACAGAGAGGAAGCAGUGUCGGAGAUGCUGGUGGUGCCGCCGACAGAGUUCUGAAUCAACUUCUGACUGAAAUGGAUGGAAUGAAUGCCAAAAAGACUGUUUUCAUAAUCGGAGCUACUAACAGACCUGAUAUUAUCGAUCCGGCACUUUUACGUCCAGGUCGUCUCGAUCAGUUGAUAUAUAUUCCACUGCCUGAUGAAGACUCACGCCACCAGAUCUUCAAAGCCUGCCUCCGUAAAUCACCACUUUCCAGAGAUAUUGAUCUGCGAGCACUUGCUAAGUAUACUCAAGGAUUCAGUGGAGCAGAUAUCACGGAAAUUUGUCAGAGGGCUUGCAAAUAUGCUAUUCGAGAGAACAUUGAGAAAGACAUAGAAAAGGAGAGGAAAAGGAAGGAUAACCCCGACUCCAUGGAUGAAGACCUUGAAGACGAGUUUUCGGAAAUAAAGCCAGCACAUUUCGAGGAGUCAAUGAAAUACGCACGUAGAAGUGUGAGCGACGCAGACAUACGCAAAUACCAGGCCUUUGCUCAGACAUUGCAGCAGUCACGAGGGUUUGGAACUGAGUUCCGUUUUGCUGAGUCAGCAGGCGGAGCUACAACUGGAUCCGACCCGUUUGCAGCCUCUGCCGGAGGAGCUGCUGAUGAAGAUGAUUUGUAUAGUUAGAUGUUUGAGGUGGCUUUUAUUUUAUUACUUUUGAACCACCUCCCCCUGUUUCAGUUUAUGCACUAAUUAACUAGUCUCCAGAAAUGGCUGGAUUAUUUAUGCUCUUGGUUUUUUUUAUAUUUCUUAAUUAAUGUUAAAAUAUUUAUUUUAGACAUCUUGGGAUUUGCUGGAUAAACUUAUAAUCUCUUUUGUUGGCAUCCUUAAACUGUGACACUUUUUAA